CAACAUUCCUUACCUUAUCUUUUGCGGAUACUGUGCACUACUACCGAGGAGGAACAGGCAAUUACUGAUUGACAAUUACCAAUCCAGCCGAUCCUUUCUUCGCAUGGGUUUAUGCGCGCGUGUGUUUGCAUCCUUUCGCAGCAAACCACCCCCCCACCCCCCGCCCCUCCACUUUUAAUUUGUCUCCCUAUACGCGGGACACAAAUCUGUCUUGGUGACGUCGUCAAGACGUGUAUCCGAUCCCCGAAUAUUCAACGCAACGGCACACGGUCGUUGUAGCCAGACACGCAGACAGAGGGAAAGUAGGACAAGGAGAGGGGGAAAACAGUUUGACAAAAAAAAUCGUGUGCUGCCAAGGAUGUAUUCCGCACCGAGAGCCAUUUCGCGCCUUGCGAGAGGGUGGCGUCUGGUGAACCCGCGACUCUCCACCACCUCGUCGGCGUCAUCGUGCUCAUCUUCCUCCACCGCAAGAGCGUUCUCGUCAUCCUCAUUAUCGUCGUCGUCGUCGUCGUCGUCGUCGUCAAAACCAAGACCGCAAUCCCGGCCCCGGCCGUCGGCCCCGCCGCCGCCGUUCGAGCUUGUGCCGACGUGUCCCUCGCCCACGUGCGAGUGCGCCGCCACACCGGCCAUGCCGGACGGUCUCGACAUCGACCGUACGGCCCCGCUCAACGGCGUCGUGUCGGCGUACGCCGAGCAGGUGCUCGCGUGCACGGGGCGGGACGACUGGGCGUCGCGCAUCGAGGAGGAGAACAGCGGGGACAACCUUGCGGCGGACCUGAAAGAGCUGUUUGGGCGCGGUGGCACGUAUAGCGAUCCAUGGCACAACAUCUCGGUCCUCAACGCCUCGUUCCCCUCGUCCACGCCUCGGCGGAGCGAGCUGCAGACGACGAGCGCCUACCUCCUGCCGAGCUUCAAGUACGUGCCGUUCCUGCCGCGCGUGAGCUUCGACAGCGUCCAGGCGCUCGCCAAGGGGUACCUGCUCCCGGAGAAGCUGCACCCGAUGCACGACGGCCUGUCGCCGAUCCACCGCGACCGGCUGACGCGCGAGGCCGCCUACCGGCCGCUGCUGUACGGGGUGCGGGACGUCACCGACGUGCUGGUGCUGAUCUGCGGGCACGGCGGGCGGGAUAUGCGGUGCGGCGUCAUGGGCCCCGUGCUGCGGGAGGAGUUCGAGAGGAGGCUCGAGGGGUCCGGGGUUGCCGUCGCCAGGGGCCCCGUGGAGGUCGACGAGAGCGGCGAGGAGAAGGGAAGGAUCGCUGCGCCGGAGGGACAGAAGGAGAAGGAGAAGAAGAAGGAGGGCGGCGACGGGGAGAUGGCAGCCAGGGUCGGGUUGAUUAGCCACAUCGGCGGUCACAAGUUUGCGGGGAACGUCAUCGUGUACAUUCCGCCGGGCUUGCGGAUGACCAGCGGCGAGAAGCACCCGCUCGCCGGGAAGGGGAUCUGGUACGGCAGGGUCGAGCCGAAGCACGUCGAGGGCAUCGUCAAGGAGACGGUCCUCGGCGGCCGAGUGAUUGCAGAUAUGUUCCGCGGGGGUAUCGACGAGAACCGAAAGAUUUUGAGACUGUGAGAGGGGAGGGGAUAUAUCUUGUUCGUUCAGGACGGGUUGGAUGUGUAAGAGGUACUUGUAAGAUGGACGGGACGGGACAUCGUCCCCUAGAGUAUUUGGAAGCUCAGCGGGAGACACAGUGUAGAGGGGGUCAAAUGCACAUAGUUGCGGUCUGGGACGCAGUUUUUUGCUUCCGUCUCACAGUGCUCUCUAACCACAAGUAGCCUCAAC